AUUUUGUAUUCGAUUGUGUUUCUAUAGAAAGCAAGCAUUUAAAUUUUGUUAAAAUGAAAAGAUCGUGGUUUGGUGUGUUGUGGAGUAUUGUAUUUUUGGGGAUUUUAUAUCAGAGUGAAAAUGCUUACGGGCAGUGCACAUUCGAAUCUCCGUUCAGCAACAGCGCGUGGUACGACAACACGAAAGGCGAGUUAACAUUCACAGGAACCACCAUGUCCGGCUGGUCGUUCACCAUUUUCGGUGGAUCGACAGCGAUCAGAAGCUGGCGGUGCGUCGAUCACGUCACCGAUACGUACCUCGUGCUAAGGACGACGUCAACGUUUGGGGUGACGGUAACUGGCGUCACGAAAUCCGUGUACGGGUACGUGUGCCUCGCUCUCACCCGCCUGUCGGACGCUUCAUACAUCUACUAUCAGCAACACGUCCAGGAGCCACAGGUGCGAUAUGAGCGAAUGAGGCUGAGUACGGAGGGUACCCUCUCCAACAGUUCCCAGGUGUGCGACACUGACCUCACCGUACCAGUUUCCGAGUACCAUGUACUCGUUAAAACAGAUGAUGUGGCUACCGCAGCAGUCACGUGUCCAGACAGUCUACUGCACGUGGCGGACUACACGGUGACGUCGUCGGACGGCACGUUGACAUGCAACGGCACCGAUAGCUGGGACGUCUGUACUGACGUCACGCAGAUGACGUUCGACUACACGACGUGUACCACUGAAGUUAUGUUUUCAGCGGGCGGAGUGUUGACAUGUGUUGCCACUGUGACGUCAGGUGGAUAUGAUUACAUCACGGUAUACAACCAGGACACUGCAAUUACGUCAUCCACUAACAGAUUUGCCUGUAUUAGUACUUCUGGUCGCUGGUCGUCCGUGGCUCCUGGAAACUGUACAGCUUUCCAGACGCCUACCACCCUGCCUCUUGCCGCCGAUCAGACAACGUUCGUAGGCCACCUGAUCUAUGUGGACACGUAUUUCCAAACCUGUGGUAAGUGGUUUUAACAUUGCUGGAAACUAUUAUUGUAACAGUAUAAAUCAUAUACUAGUAUUUCGUUACUUUGUAUUGAGGGGAAUGAUUUUGAUUCGUUUUGAUUGUUCUCAAAUAAAACAUCAUGUAUAU